CCUUUCUAUAAGUAGUCAGAGACGUCUAUUCCCCCAUGCAAGAAAACACCAAUCAAAUUAAACCUUACCACAAAACAUAAACCACAAAGGAACAGUUUCCUUGAUCCUUCGCUUCCUCCCCACACACAAUUCCAUGGCCGGUUCAAGAUUGAAUGCGGCCCCGGUGGCGAUCGUAAGCAAGCAGUACUGCUCCCCGGAGCAGGUGGUCCUGACGGUGAGGCAGAGGCCCCAGACGGUCACCGGCGGCGGGUUCGUGGUGACGGAGGAUCCGACCCAGAAGGUUGUUUUCCGGGUCGAAGGCUGCGGCGUCCUCGGCUCGCAAGGGGAGCUCAUGGUCCGCGACGGCGACGGAGCCGCCUUGCUCCUCGUCCGCCGGAAGGAAGGCGUGGUGCAGGCGCUGAGCAUCAACCGGAAGUGGAAAGGCUACAGCUUCGAUUACGAAGGGGUCAAGAAGGUGGUGUUCAAGCUCAAGGAGCCCAACUCGUGCUGGGCCCGGAACAGCGCGAUCCGGAUCUCCACGGAGCCCAGGAGAUCCGGGGGCGCGGGGGAUUGGGAUUUCGAGGUUCAGGGCCGGUUUCCGGAUAAGUGCUGCACCGUUGUGGAUCAUUUGGGCCGGAUCGUGGCCCAGAUUGGGGUGGAGAAAGGGAUGAGGAGUAUGGAUGUGUACUACGUGGUGGUGAAGCCUGGAGUGGAUCAGGCUUUCGUGUUCGGAGUGAUUGCGGUGCUUGACAACAUUUACGGCGAGUCCACGGCUUGCUAGAAGUGUCAGAUUUGUUUUAUUAAUUUGUGUAAAGCUGCUGUGUGUUAAAUUUUAUGUAUCUCGACUAAGGAAUCUCACCGGAAAGGAAAGACACGGAAUUGCAAAAUCCACUGAGCAAAGGAAUUCUAUUCUACUCGGAAAUCUACCUACGGUUGGGUUCCUUUUUUUUUUUUUCUUUUUUCGUUCUCUUCCUUUGUACAGCAAGCUAAGCUAGUGGCUAGAAAAUUGACGGCUGCUUUUGCUUUUUUCUUCUUUGAUUGAAUUGAAUGUAUAUUCUUGUUUGGAAGUGUGGUUAACUCUUUUGCAAAUUACAUUUGCCAUGUUUGGAGAUACAUGAAGAUCGAUUGGGUUUUUGUAAU